CCUCCCUCACUACGCACUGCUGGACGCCAUCGCGAAGCCGUCCGCCCCCGAUGUGUCGGCCUCGAUUAUUCGCCAACGGGUGCUGGACGCGCACAUGCAGCUUGAUUGCACUGACGGCACCUUGGUUGCAAAAAAUGGGAGCGGGUCCUUACCUGGCGACGGCAUUGCUGGCGAGUGGUUCCUGUCUGCUUUCCACCCGUGCGUUGACGAGUUUAUCGCCACCUCACCCCUGGUCCUUUUCCACGCUCGGUGGCUUGCGAGGGCUCUUUCUGAUUCACCUACUCUUUUGCCGACGCGGACUACGCUUCUCGCAGCUGUGGUACCAAUCGACGUGUCCAUCUCCACGUACGCCGACGAUGUCUCCAAGGUACGCGUGUUCGAGACGGUCGAGCAGUACGUCGCCUCUGCCAUCUUUGCCGCGCGCAAGAUUUCCGACGCGCUGGGGAAGGCCGAUAUCGUGCAGAACUCGUCCAAGCACGUGUCGCUCGUCAAGUUCUGUGGGAGAGUCGGAUCUUCGCUGAAGGGCAUAGUCUUCAAGUGUCUCGUGGAUGGCACGCUCUUGUCUGGAUUGCCCGCGAUGGCGAUGCUCGCGUCGCAGGCCGGGGAAUUGGACGUUUGCCAGGCUAUCCUCGCGCGCAAAUGCGUGCACGGUCGCGGGCAUUCCGUGGAAGACGAUAAGCACCGUGCUUUAUCCAACCUUGCCGUUCUCAAAAUGUUGCGGCUCGUUCCCGUUUCAGUGCAACUCCGGGUUCAACGCCUGCGGCUAUGGCAAAACAUGGUGCGGUUUCCCGAGAAUCACCUGCAGUUCCUUGUCGCGUUCUUUGGCACAGCUGAGUGGGAUCGGCAUGGGCUGUUCGACGAGAGCGGACGCGUGCUGGACCGUCGAGCUGAAUGCUACCACCACUCGUUGUUCUUCGAAGACCUCGUGGAGCUCGCGAAUGUCACUGAGUUCGACGAGGAUAUUUCCACUGUUUUGGCUUGGCCCGCUCUGCUGUGGACUGACGAUGACAUCCGCGACAAGUUCCUUCGGCUUGACUCUGGCCGGCUCCGUGCUGCUCGUGUUACUGUUGCUAUUCCGCCCCCCGAGUUCGCUGAGCACGCACCCGCCGACGUGCUGGAGUCCGUCGACAAGCCGUUCUUGUGCGAGAUUUGCGGUGAAGAUGGCGCCGAGUGCGGGGACGCGUUUCGCUCGCUACGUGAACUACGUCUGCACCAGGCGUUCUCGGGCAAGUUUGGACACGGGGUACGCAAGCUAUCGCAGCUC